GUGAAGAAAACAAGGAAACGAUCUAAAAAGGCGCGGCCGGUUGAAGAUCUCGCCGAGAGCGCGCUGGUAGAAUACUCACAGGUCAUGGACGCUCUGGGGUCAAAGGUCAGCGAUGGGUCAGAGGUCACCGCCGCCGACGAGGAGGACGUGUGUGCGCUGUACUUCAACCAGCUGUUCAACCACUGCGAAUUUACCAACGAGGCUGGUUUCGACAUGGACUACAUCAGCUCUCUUCUCUCCACAGAUCACAACCUCACCGAUGUCCUGAAGGAAAAUUCCCAGGAUUUGUUUUCCUGCGGCAUUCCCAAGCCAGUCGCCGGAUGCUCCUAUUGGACUCCACAACGUGACUUCGGCCAGUAUAACGGCUCAAAUGUUCAAGAUCACAUGAUGACGCAGAAAUCAUUUCGGAUAAACACACCAACUGGGAUGGAAAAUGGCGGCCAGAACGCAUUUCAAACAUUAAGUUCCCAAGGCGUCCAAGUCCAAGAAAUGAUUUAUUCUGCUUUCCAAGACUUUGGUCCACCUGGAAACUCUUCAGGAGGAAAAAUCGAGACUUUGUACGUCGCUGAACGUGAAACCACCGUCCAAUCCGAGUGCUUCAGUCUUCAAAACUACAAAUCCCAUCAUGCAUCAUUUACGCAUUCCAUAAAACAUCCAAAAACCCCUGAGAAUGGUGUAGUUGAGCAUGAUAGAGAGGAAAACACAGUGGCCAGACAAAAAACAGAGAAAAUGGGAAGUACAAAGGAAAAGAGAAACAUGGAUCCGGACAUUCCCAACGAUUCUCAGCAGGGAAUGAGAAAUAAUAGAGCGAAAACACAGACAAGCGUAAAGGAGACGCCCGAGGAAAAGAACGGAAACCGGAACAAAAAACAGAAGAGGCGACGUAGAAGACGGAAGCAGGAAAAGAUCACGGCGCUCGAUGAGAGAACAACAGACGAUAAAAGGAAAACAGCUGAAAACCAAAGGAAUGGAAAUACUCAAGACGGUCAACGAAGAUCCGCAACCAAACACGGGGCGAAAGAAACUGAUUUAUUCAAAAUAACCACAGAAAGAAAGGAAUUACGGCAACGUACGGACGUGACCGAGGCGAGGAAAGUUAGAAGAGACGAUGAGAUUGAGAGACGUCAAAGGCCGAUAAAAAACAGGCAGAUCUCAUAAAGAGAGUCGA